AUGAACACUUUUUAUAGAAAAGCGGGAAACUCAAAAUCUCCAAUCUUUCUUCACGAAUUAGCCUGUGGGACUACUAUAACAGGAAAAAACAACCUUAAUCUUAUUGCUGAAUUCAUAUCAAAGAAAGAGUUUGGGAUAAAAUAUGGGGAUACUGAUUCUUUAAGUGUACUGGACCAAAAUGGUCAAAAUUAUUAUGGAUGUGAUGAAAAAGUUGUACAAUUAGUAAAUGCUUAUCUUAGGAUAAAAAGUAGAACAUCUUAUCUAAAGAUGGCAUACGAAAAG